UAUAUAAAUAGCGUAUUGGCUUUAGAAAUGAUUAGGAAAUUAAAUUUUAAAAGAAAGAAACUAAUUGGGGGAUAAUCAUCAAAGUAUCCGUCGCGGGUAGUUGCGGGUUGCGACGCAACAGAGCAUUUUCUGCGCUUCGACGGAGUCGAUGAUGACAAGGCAACCCACGUGUGUAUAUAUUGGCAGCCUGAAAGUAGUGAUGGGGAGUGCGUCAUCUAUGCUAACUCAAUACGACAUCGAAGAAGUUCAAGAACACUGCAACAAUUUAUUUUCCCAGCAGGAAAUAGUGUCUUUGUACCAAAGGUUUUGCCAACUUGACCGCAAUGCAAAGGGAUUCAUUUCAGCUGAUGAGUUCUUGUCCGUCCCGGAAUUUGCUAUGAAUCCACUUUCUCAGAGGCUGCUCAAGAUGGUGGACGGUUUGAAUUUUAAAGACUUUGUGGCCUUCUUGUCUGCAUUCAGUGCCAAGGCUAGUGCAAAUAAAAAAAUAGAGCUUAUUUUCAAAGUAUAUGAUUCAGACCGUAAUGGAAAGGUGUCUUUCAAAGAUAUGUUGGAAGUGCUAAAAGAUUUGUCAGGUUCAUUCAUGUCUGAUGACCAGAGAGAGGAAGUCCUCAGCCAAGUUCUGAGAGAAGCAGGAUACUCAAAAGACUCUUACUUGACAUUGGAUGACUUCAUUAAGGGGGGAGUGGGCCAGCGGGGCUUAUGGGAAAUGGUUUCCUAUUGGAUGGAGCAAAAGCAGUAGAGAAAAGAAUGAUGUCUUGCACGGAGGGACUUUAACUAGGUUUAAAGCAUAAUCAACUUGUCUGGUGCUUUCUUUAUCCAUAAAGUUGGCCUGAUUGGAUAUCACUUUGUGCAAAUGAUGAGAUCUUUCAACACAGACAACAUUAUUUGAUAUUUCAUUUUUUUUUUCUAAAUCUAUUAUAAGAAUUUAUUACUUGCAUAUCAAACUCUACAGUUUGUUUAACAUUUGUGCUUCAAGUGCAUUGAAAGAGUCAGUUUAUUAGGUACCCACAACGAAAAUUAAAAUAAAAGUAAAGAAAGACUCAUCACCUCAGUCAUGCACAAAAUCCGAUUGUGUCUCUUAUCUGAAAACUUCUGUAUUACAAGACUUUUUUUUGCCCUUUUCUUUCUAUUUCUGGACAUGUUUGAUUUUUGUUUCUAUUUCAAUUUGUCACAGGUUCUUGGCCAAUCUGACCUAAAAAUGGAUGUUGAAGUCCCUGUUGAUUGAAACUUCCUGCAGUUUUGGUUGUUCUCUUGAAACAUAAAAAUUGUAAACUUAUUCAUGAGAUUCUUGUAAUAUAGUUCAUGUGGAAAUGAGAAAGUGCUCAAAUACUGUUGUCCCCUUUCUUCUUGGGAUUCUUGUAAAACUGUUGCUUCCAGCCACUAGUUGUUUUGGAGCCAAUUUGAGUAGCUUUUGAGCUUGAUUCAGUUUUUCACACUCCUUGACAUGUUUUACGACCUUUUGGGUCUCUUGAAUUCAAAUUUGAGUUAUCAUCGGAGAAGAAAUUAGGGAUCACCAUAGCAACAAGGUUUACUAACGAAUUGAAAAGUUCAUAAAAAUGAGGUUGCAUUAUGGAAGGUGAAGAAUGUCAUUUUUCCACCUACAAAACUGCUUGUGGUUCCUUCACUCAAGUUAUGAAAUUAUU